AUGUCUCAAACUCCAUGCAAACCAGAAAUUAAAAGGGCUUCAGAAGAAAGCCCAGAAACUAACACAGAAGAUGGAACACCACAUGGUCCUGUACCCAGCAAUUACCUGAUCCUUUCAAUAUUUUCCUGCUUUUGCCCGGCUUACCCAGUAAAUAUUGUGGCAUUUGUUUUUUCUAUAAUGGCAUUAAACAGCUACAACGAUGGGGACAUUGAAGGAUCAAGAAGGUUGGGACGAAAUGCCUUAUAUGUUUCAAUUGCCUCCAUAAUCAUUGGUCUACUGGUUAUUGCAACGUACUGCUUUGUUCAUUUUUCUACGAAUGCAGUUUGAAAGCAAGACAAUAGUAAUACAGUAAAUAUCAUAUUUUCAAUAGACGUCGAUCAGGUCCUUCACAACUCCUAAAGGGAAGAGGCACGUUUUCGCACUUAAAGGUCUUCAACACCAAGACAACCAUGCAGAAUGCAAAUUAUCUAUUAAUGUGUGUGUUUGCAUAAAUACUGUAUAUGUGGUUCCAUCCACACAAAAAACACAAUUUUUUAACAUUUCCUAUCUGUAUGAUGUCUUUAACUCUAUAGAUAUUUGUCUUGUUUAUUGUUGAACAUUUUGGCAUAUCCAGUAGGCCUAAGGACACUGGCAGUAGGAGAAUUUAGGAUAAAGUUACAUAAACAUACCUUCUUAUUUCCUUUAUUGGAAAUAUGACACUUGCUUAGGCCCUGGCCAAAAAUUCUAAAUGUUUCCUGGACGAUAAAAUAUUUAUAUGUGCUGAUCUUACAGCUUUCUCUAAAGUAAAAUGUCCUGUAUCCAAACCAUGUUGCUGCAUUGUAAACAAAGACAAGAAAGCUUUUAAGGGCAGCCAAAUAUCUGUCACAACUCUGUGCCCCUUACCUGAGAAUAAUGAAACUAUAUACUGCGCCCAAGAGACUGACUUAAAGAGGCACUGUCACCAAUAUAAAAUAGUAAUAAGUAUAGUAAUUCUAAGACUCUCUCUAAUAUAUGUCUUUUAUAUAUAUAUAUUAUGUUUUUUACCUUAUAUUUAACUCCGGCCACUAGAUGUCCCUAAUCAGGCUAAUCUGAUAUCGAGUUUCUGGCUGAGCCAUCUAUGUUCUCACAGCUCAUCAUCUGAAUCACUGCAGCAGGCACUGAAAAACACAGAGUAAGGAAAUGAAAGCUGACACAGCUUGGUCAGGGACACACCCCUUGCUAGGGAGAGGAAUGCAGGAGACCUGAGAGUCAACACAGAUAAAAGAUAAAAGUGACAGGACAUGAUCCUCAUUACAGUGAGUAAUAUUAUUGUUACUUUUCUUGGUGACAGGUACGCUUUAAAAUUUCUGAAGACAGCAAUAAAGUUUGUCACUGUUUUGCUGAUUUUUUCAUACACCCUUAGAGCUGAAAUAUGUGAAGUAUUUGAGUGGAGACUUUUUUUCUAUUCAAAUAUAUACACACAUACAUACAUGCAUAUAGUUAGGGAAAAAAUCAAUUGUAAGUCUUAUAAUUUGGAGAUGCUAACAUAAGUGAAA